AUAAUAUAGUAAACGAUAAGCUGAGUUCAAGCGAUCGACAUUCCACGCGUAAAUCACGUCAAUGGACACGUUUAGAAUUAAAAGUCUUAGAGAAUCUUGUUUCUAAAUAUGGUCAAGAUUGGAAGAAAGUAGCUGAACAUAUACCUGAUAGGAUGCCAAGCGAAUGUGAAUCUCAAUAUUUAAUCAUGUCUUCACCUGACUAUAUCUCGUCUCGUGUUAAAGCAAAAAGCGUUCGUACAAAAAGUACCCGAAAACUUAAAUCUAAGCCGAUUUUGACUGAAGAAGAAUGUGAACUUUUGAACAAUUUGAUUGAGAAAUACGGUUGUAGAUGGUCGAAAAUUUCAAAACAUUUUCCAACAAAGAGUUUAAACUCCAUAGAAUCAUUCGUACGUAAGAAUCCAAAUAAAUUUUCUUCUAUUUUCAAAUUCCCAGAAAGAUUGAGGAAACAUAGAUGUUGGACUGAUAGCGAAAUGAAAUUAUUAAAUAAUCUAAUUAUGAAAUAUGGUCGUAAUUACGAUGCAAUUUCUCGAAGAAUACUUGGUAGAACUUCAGAAGCCGUGUCUCGAUUUUUGCCGCGUCAUUCUCCAGAUCUACCUGCACUUCGUAAUGCGAAUAUUUUAAGAUGGUUCAAAUCUUCAAGCCUGUGGACUGAACGUGAAACACGUACGUUAAAUGAUCUUGUUGAGCAAUACGGUAACGAUUGGUUCCUUAUAUCAAGUAAACUUUACGGGAGAACAGCAUUUGCAUGUCAAGAUAAAUUUUAUGCAUGUUGGCAACCGAAUAAAAUUAAAAAAGAACUAGUAUUACAUAGCUGGCCGCAAGAAGCAAUUCGGAUUUUGGAUUACUUAAUAUCAAAAUAUGGCAGAUGGCAAAUAAUCCCGAUUCUUUUACCCGGAACAACGCCAUUUAAUUACUAUAUGCGUUCUGCAACUAAUAUUUGGGGUUGGAGAAACCAUGAGAUAUCACUUUUAAGAGAUUUGAUACAGAAGUACGGUCACGAUUGGAAAAAGAUUAAAGCAUAUCUUCCACAUAAACGUGUCAAUUCGAUCGAGCAUCAUGUGAAAACAAACCCUCAACUUUAUAACAUUGAAUAUCAUAAAAAUGACACAGAAUUAUAUGAAAUUGAACAGAAUCUUAGCGUACAAAAGCGAUGGAGUGCAGAUGAAUUAAGAAAACUCUUAGAGUUAAGAUCACA